CCACCAUCUUAACAAAUUCCUGAAGUUUACUACAAACUCAUAACUAGCCUAGCUGCCUGCUCAGAAAUUGUGGAGGAAAAAAACUAAUAUGGGUGAAAUUUUUGUUUACAUUCUAAUCUUUCUUUUUACUCUGUUUUUACAUAAAUCCUUGAGAAAGGAGAAGAAACAGCCCAAGAAAAGAGUUAACCUUCCUCCGGGAUCAAUGGGUUGGCCGUUCAUAGGAGGAACCCUUCAACUCUACUCUCAAGACCCAAAUAUUUUCUUUGCUUCCAAACAGAAAAGGUAUGGAGAGAUUUUCAAGACACACAUUUUGGGGUGUCCCUGUGUGAUGCUGGCUAGCCGUGAGGCAGUUCGGUUUGUGUUGGUGACCCUGGCUCACUUGUUCAAGCCAACCUACCCCAAAAGCAAGGAGAAACUCAUUGGCCCGGCAGCCCUGUUUUUCCAUCAAGGAGACUACCAUAUUCGCCUGAGAAAGCUAGUGCAAGGCUCCCUGUCCCCAGAGUCCAUCCGGAACUUGGUGGCUGAUAUUGAUGCCAUGACAGCCUCCACCUUGGAGUCCUGGCAUGGCGGGCGCAUCAUCAACACCUUCCAUGAAAUGAAAAAGGCGAGAAAGAGGCUAAGUGAGAUUCUGAGUGAAAUUAUACGAGAAAGGAAGGAGAAGAAGUUACUCGAAAAGGAUUUGUUGGGGUGUCUAUUGAAUUCCAAGGAUGAAAAUGGAGAAGUCCUGACUGACGAUCAGAUUGCUGAUAACGCGAUCGGAGUCCUUUUUGCGGCUCAGGACACCACAGCGAGUGUCAUGACAUGGAUUGUCAAGUACCUCCAUGACAACCCGAAACUUCUAGAGGCAGUGAAGUCUGAACAAAAAGCAAUCAGGAAACAGAAUGAAGAAGAAGGAAAACAGCUUAAUUGGUCACAAACUAGGAACAUGCCUGUUACUUACAGGGUCAUAUUGGAGAGUUUGAGAAUGGCAAGUAUCAUAUCUUUCACUUUCAGAGAAGCAGUGGCCGACGUUGAAUACAAAGGGUACAUCAUUCCUAAGGGAUGGAAAGUAAUGCCUCUGUUCAGGAACAUUCAUCACGAUCCAGAAUUUUUUACUGAUCCUCAGAAAUUUGACCCUUCAAGAUUUGAGGUUGCUCCAAAACCCAACACAUUUAUGCCAUUUGGCAGUGGAGUUCAUGCUUGUCCUGGAAAUGAGCUAGCAAAGCUUGAGAUGCUUAUAAUGACACAUAACUUGGCUUCAAACUAUAGGUGGGAAGCGGUAGGAUCCAAAAGUGGGAUUCAGUAUGGUCCAUUUCCAGUUCCACGGCAUGGACUCCCCACCAAAUUUUGGAAAGAAUGUAUAAGCUAGGAAAGGCAGUUGAAUGAAGCGACUCUCUUUCCGGAUUCAUUGCCAUUGAAUCCUCUUGUAUUUUUUUCCUCUCUUGAUUUCUAGGAAGGUCAUGUAUGGAUGGUCAGAUUUUCCU